AUGAGACCGGCCUCGAUCAAGCACAGCGUGAUACGCGGAGACGUUGUUGGCAGACGCCACCUCGAAGACUCCUUCAAUAUAAGUCAGGCCGGUUUGACCCACGUGGAAGUGCCACACCGCGUAACCGGAGAACUUCGACUAGUACCAGUCUCAUGCGCCAUUGAGCUCACAUGGCGCCAACCUCAUUCCAACUCCACACACGAAACUUUGUUUUACGUGGUAUCAAAAGAAACUCUUGACAUAGACAUCCUUCUUGGCUACGACGAUUCGGGUCAAGAGAUUGCAGAAUACACGCCUACUAUCGUCCCUCAGUCCCCAGCUCGGCAACCUUCAACUUUCCAGAACUACAAGCAAGAUUUCCGUCCCCUUGCCCCGACACCACCUCCAGCAUCUUUUCAUCGUUCGGCAGUGACCUAUGACGGCGCAAGUUCCAUCCACCGUCAAGACGACCGAUACAACCCACAUCAUUUGGUAGAGCCCCUCAUCUCCCGGCAGCAGUCUUACGCAAGGGAUAUGGAGGGCCAACACUCUUCACCGGCGCCUACGGUUCUCGACACGCACAUUGAACAUCCACAUCCUCUUCGACCGAACGUUGGCCCCAGCGCGCCGGUUCGAGAUGCAGAUCCUAAGAAAACUACUGAUAGAAUUAGAUUGAGUGUUAUAUGGGACGCGACUACUCUGAACGUAUGGCUAGAUCUCAACGAGUACGGCGAAGACUUCUACCAAGCCUUCCAGCAACAGGCUGCAAAACAGCGCAAGGACAUACUCGAUCGAACCACUAUGAGAAUUCAACUAAAGAAAGACAAAACCCUACCAUAUGAGGAAGCCUACUCGCUUUCUCUUGACGAGGACGAGUUGGAAGCAGAUUGGGAACCGACCUGCGAAUGGUUGAAUGCGAACAAGAGAGACAAAAUGCCGCAUAUCUAUGGGGUGGUUGAGACGGAUGGAGGGUGA